UGUCAAAACAAACAAAUGGUCACCAAAAAUUGAAUUAGAAAUUACGCAGUUAUUUAUUUAAUAUUCUUAAUCAUUUGCAUUCAUAGGCACCUUAACAAUAAUCAUGGCUCUUUUCUCCCGCACAAAAAUAUUAUAUUCAACAACAAAAUGUUAUAUGAACAAAUACUGUAACCUAAAAGUCAGUGUGAGAAGUCUGAUGUCAAAGCAACUAGUAUACAACGAAUUUGGAGAUCCACUGCAAGUUGUAAAAUUUAGAGAAUGUUCGGUACCACCCCUCGGCAGCCAGGAGGUACUCGUGAGAAUGCUAGCCGCACCAGUCAACCCUGCUGACAUUAAUACCAUACAAGGUAAAUAUCCUGUUAAAGUGGAUUUGCCGACUGUUGCUGGAAAUGAGGGUGUAGGUAUUGUUGAAGACAUUGGUAAAGAUAUUGAAGGCAUCAGUCCCGGAAACAAAGUUAUUGUUACAAAACCCGUUCAAGGCACAUGGAGAACUAUUGCUACUUUUACUAAAAAUGUUGUACGAGUUGUUCCAGAUGAUUUAGGAGUUGUGGAAGCUGCUACCCUUACUGUUAAUCCUUGUACAGCUUAUAGAAUGUUAGUAGACUUUGUUUCUGUAAAAAAUAACAACAAAGUUGUUAUACAAAAUGGAGCAAAUGGUGCCUGCGGUCAAAAUGUUAUACAAAUCUGUAAAGCAUGGGGUAUAAAAAAUAUUAACAUUGUGCGUAAUAGACCUGACAUUGCAGAUCUCAAACAAUAUUUAGAAUGCUUGGGAGCAACUUAUGUACUGACUGAAGAUGAGUUACGAUCAACAAAUAUAUUUAAAGAAAAAAAAAUUGAUAAGCCAUCCUUAGCUUUAAACUGUGUAGGUGGCAAAAGUUCUUUAGAAAUGAUGAGACAUUUACAACAUUCUGGAAAGAUGGUCACCUAUGGUGGGAUGUCUCGAGAACCGGUUAGCAUUCCUACGUCUGCAUUUAUAUUUAAAGAUCUUUCUUUUUAUGGAUUUUGGAUGACACACUGGAAUGAACAAGCAAAUCCUACAGAUAAAGAAAAAAUGAUGACUGAUGUUGUGUCAUUAAUGUGUGAUAAUAAGUUAAAGGGUCCUGUCCAUAAAAUGGUAAAGUUUGAUAAUUAUAAAGAGGCCUUAGAAAAUGCUCUUACUUCCACAGGAUUCACAGGAUGUAAAUAUGUUCUAGAUUUUACUACAUAAUUCCCAAUAUUUUUUGCAAUUGUAUUUCUUUAUGUUGUAGUAAU